AUGCGCGCUGCUAUCACAUUCCUUGCCCUCCCUCUCCUCGCUGCCGCCAAUGUGCUUCCCCGCGGUGGAGGUGGCGGUGGAUACCAGUGCAACACAGGCUCUCUCAAGUGCUGUGACCAUGUCGGCGACGUCAAGACACUCAGUCAAGAAUACCCAUCUCUUGUAAGCCUGUUGACUGCUACAAUUCCAAUUGAUGCAAUCGUUGGAGUCGACUGCUCUCCCCUCAGUGCCGUCAGCAUCACCAGCAACUCUUGCUCUGCCCAACCCGCGUGCUGCACCGAUAACAAAGUCAACGGUCUCGUCAACGUGCAAUGCGUUCCCGUCAACCUUAACCUCUAA